ACAAAUACAGGAAAACAACCCCUCCCCCCCCCCUAUAAAUUCCUCGUCAGUAAUUCAAUGUAACCUCACAGUUCUUCCCUUAACCUUGUUUCUUCUUUCCCUCUGGAAAAAGAAAACAAAUUUCCCAAAUUUUCCUUUUAUUAACAUGGCCAAGAAGCCAAGAAUUGUGGUAAUCGGAGCAGGCAUGGCUGGUCUUACAGCAGCCAACAAACUUUACACUUCAACUGGUUCAAAAGACAUGUUCGAGCUGUUUGUUGUCGAAGGUGGUGACAGAAUUGGUGGAAGAAUCAACACUUCGGAGUUUUGUGGUGAUAGGAUUGAGAUGGGUGCUACUUGGAUCCAUGGCAUAGGAGGCAGCCCGGUUCAUCAAAUUGCUGAAAAAAUCAAUGCAUUGGAGUCUGACCAGCCAUGGGAGUGCAUGGAUGGGUUCUGCGAUGAGCCUACGACCGUUGCCGAGGGCGGUUUCGAGCUGAACGCUUCCAUCGUCGACCCCAUAUCGACUCUUUUCAAGAACCUGAUGGAGUUUGCUCAAAGGAAUGUGAACGAAGAAAGUAUAGUGGCGGAUGCUACAUGGUGUUCAAGAAAUGGCGGCAACGAAAGCGUCGGUGCUUUUCUUCGACGAGGCCUCGAUGCGUAUUGGGAUUCUCGAAAGGACUUUGAAGAGCUUGGAUCGUAUGGUGAAUGGAGCAGGAAGUUGCUUGAAGAAUCUGUUUUCGCAAUGCUUGAGAACACUCAAAGGACUUAUACUUCAACCGGUGAUCUUUUCGAUCUCGAUUUCGAAGCCGAAAGCGAGUACCGGAUGUUCCCCGGUGAAGAAAUUACCAUCUCUCAAGGUUACUUGAGCAUAAUCAAAUACCUCUCAUCGGCUCUCCCUCCCGGUGUAGUCCAAUUAGACCGUAAAGUCGACCGAAUUGAAUGGCAACCACAGGAUCAUCAUUGUCGUCGUCAUCAGCGACAAGUAGAUGACUUGAGGCCGGUGAAGAUACAUUUCUUUGACGGAUCGUUUAUGUCAGCUGAUCAUGUUAUAGUCACAGUUUCAUUAGGGGUCUUAAAAGCUGGAACUUGCAAAGAUUCGGGUAUGUUGUUUAGUCCUCCCUUGCCUUCUUACAAGACAGAUGCUAUAUCAAGACUUGGAUAUGGUGUUGUCAACAAGCUGUUUCUCCAAUUGAGUCGAAAUGGUAAUAAAAAACCCGAAUUCCCUUCCUUGCAAAUGGUGUUCCAUCGUUCCGAAUCCCAGUUACGCCACGAAAAAAUCCCAUGGUGGAUGAGGAGGACAGCUUCUUUGUCCCCUAUUUACAGCAAUUCAAGUGUGCUCCUAUCUUGGUUUGCAGGGAAAGAAGCUCUUGAGCUCGAAACACUUAGCGACGAAGAGAUCAUAAACGUUGUGUCGACGAUGGUUUCGAGUUUAUUAGCAAAACCCCACAAGGAAAUGAAGUCUGAGAAUGGCUCCAAUGGAUCAUGCAAUGGUACUGGAAGUGAAGUAAGAUUUGUUAAGGUUUUGAAGACCAAAUGGGGAAGUGAUCCACUGUUCUUGGGGUCAUACAGUUAUGUUGCAGUCGGAUCAACCGGUGCCGAUUUUGACACGAUGGCCGAGCCGUUACCAAAUUCACCUACCGGUGUGCACCAUCCACUUCAAAUCCUGUUUGCUGGGGAAGCUACACAUAGAACUCACUAUUCCACAACCCAUGGAGCUUACUUUAGUGGUCUAAGGGAAGCCAAUAGGCUUCUCCAACACUAUCAUCGUGUUGAAGCCUAGACUUUUUUUCAGGGUUUCUUUUUUCAAUGUAUAAUCUUUGUUUUUUGAUCUCAAAUCCAAACAAGGCCUUAUCAUCAAUGAACUUGAGUAUUGCCAUUUGAUUUGCUUUGAUCUUUGGUUUUGAGUGAAUGGGACCCAUUGGAGAAUGACAUCAGACUCAUGCAUACGUGGCAUUGCAGAUGUUGCAGCAUACACAAAGACAGCUCUUCGAUUCUUACCAGACGGCACCAGUGUCUCCUCAUGGUACUAUAGAUUUCUCUGCAACGAAAAUCCACAGCUUUGUAUGAUAUACAUAUAGACAUAGACAAGGACAGUCCAUAACCAAACAAUAUCAGCUUAAUUUGCUGCA